UUAAGUGUAAUAUGGAUCGUUAUAAAUAUCACAUCUCAUGAGGUGUUAAAUGUACCUGACUACUAAUAAUUGGUUUGAACUUGACGGCCUUUAGUGUCCAUUUUACAGUUGUAAUUAACUUAGUUCUGCAGUUCAGUACCUAAGUAAAAACAUACCUAACCUAUAGGUUAACCUAAGUUUUACACCCAUCUAGCUUUAACUAUUAUCUAGAGUAGGCCUGCACGGAGUAGAAUAUUUUUAACAUCGAUAAUUCACAUGGCACCAAAAUCUACGUUUACACACAGUAUGAAGCACAAUAAAAAGGCUAAAAAUGUUUUUGAAGAAGAAGACAUUUUAGAAAAUGACGAAGAGGAAGAGUCAGACUGUGAGUCUAAAGUUGAAAGUGAUGAUGAUGAUGAUGACUUCUUAGAUGCUGUCACAGAAGCUUCUUCAAAGAAACGCAAGUUAGAAUCAGAUGGAGAAGAAGAUGAAGACGCAAGUGAAAAUGGAGAGGAAAGUACUGAAAAUACAAAAGUCACCCAAAAGAAGAAGAAGAAAAAGAAGAAAGUGUCUACGGCUGAUAUGAAACCACCCACAGCGGAAGAAAUGAUCCGUUUACGUGAAACAGAAAAUUUAUUCCAUUCAAACUUAUUCAGGAUGCAAAUUGAAGAGAUGUUGAAAGAAGUGAAACCCAAAAAAGUAGAGCGUAAACAAAUUAAACCUUGGCUAGAGAAAAUUAAAGAUUUUCUGAUGAAAGUUGAUGAUUCAGACAAAAUCAAGCUGGAUACAGAAUGCUUAUUGGAUGUAAAAUCUCCUCUACCCAAAAUGCCAAAGGAGGAGGACCGACCCGUCACCCAUUUCUUGAGACCUGUAUCAGCCUCAGUGGUGGGUUCGUACAACUCUGGCUGCUGUCUGGGUCCUUCAUUGUCUGUGGAUAUCACUGUUGAAAUGCCAAAAAAAUGUUUCCUGAAAGAGGACUACCUGAAUGCUCGUUACCACCUCAAGCGAGCUGUGUACUUGGGACACCUCGCUAGACUAUUGCAGACAAGCGAACUUGUAUGUAAGCAGCAAGGUAUAAGCUGGUCUUUGCUCGGAGGAAACCCGUUGUGUCCCAGACUGUUACUGCAUCCUGCCGUGGACAAACUCAAUAAGGUUAACAUUUAUGUAUCAGCAGUUCCUCAGGGAAAUACCUUCAAACUCUCUCGCUUCACUCCAUGUAAAAAUAACAUAAGAGAGUCAUGGCUCACGAAAGGGAAGAAGAAAGAUUGUCAGAUACCGUCACCAGUGUACAAUGCUAGCGUGGUCGGUGAUCUGGUGUUAACUAGUAAUGACGCAGUCCAAGCACAAGUUCUGGAGAACAACAACAACCUGAAAGAUGGUGUGUUGUUGCUGAGGGUGUGGCUGAGACAACGCCAACUUGACACUGGCCUCGGUGGUUUUAGCGGACAUUUGGUUAGUACGCUGGUGACAUCUAUGUUGAUGUCCAGGAAACUCAACUCACUCAUGAGCAGCUACCAGGUGGUACGCAACGUCUGGCUUCUGCUAAGUCAGUCAGACUGGACCAAGGAAGGAUAUAUGAUGAGCUCUACAAAAAAAGAAGAGACCGCUCCAAAAUUACAAGAGUUCCAUGAACAUUUUGAUGUUGUGUUUGUGGAUGCUACAGGCUACUGCAACUUGGCUGCGAGUGUGAAUCGCCUCACAUAUCUCAGGAUUAGACAAGAAGCCAAGUUGGCAGUAGAAUGUCUGGACAAUCCCAACAUGAACAGUUUCCAAGCAUUGUUCAUGACGCCAAUGCCUUUCCUACGCCAGUUUGACCACGUGCUUUGCAUUCAGAAGAAUUGGAAUGUCGUUCAAAGUGUGUUGAAAAAGGAGACAAGCAAAGAAGAGCGGAUGAAACAUUUUGCAACCCCUGACAUGCUGUUGGCUGUCGCUGUAGGAAGACUGCUAGAGAGAGGAGUGGGGGGACGGUUGGCUCACCUGGAGUUUCAACUACCCCCCCUACCACAGUGGGGGGUGGGAGUGGAGGCUCCCCUCAGUGACCUGACUCUUGUGGUGGGACUGAGACUCAACCCAGAAACUGCAUACAGCAUUGUGGAGAAGGGACCUCCUGCUAAUGAGCCACAGGCCGCAAAGUUCCGAGCGCUGUGGGGAGAUCGCUGUGAGCUGCGUAGGUUCCGUGACGGGACGGUGUGCGAGACGGUGGUGUGGCGUGAUCCUGAUGCUCCUCUCUCAUCCCGUCGGCUGGUCACACGUGACAUGGUCACGUAUCUGCUCAUGUCACGACUACAGCUGCGCUCUCAGGACAUCACAUACCAGGCUGACCAACUGGAGACCCUUGUCACUGAGAAACAGUAUGUCCCAGAGUCAUUUCACUGUGGCGCUGGAGAGGAGGCGUGUGCUGCUGUAGUCAGAGCCUGGGACGCCUUGGCUAAGCAGCUGAGGGAGUUGCCUGAGCUACCACUGGAUGUCGCCUCAGUGCAGGGCGUCGCAGCUGCUCUGAGGGCAACCGAUGUGUUCCCACCUCUCCCUGGCCACCACAAGCCUCAGUCACUAACAGGAGUGGAGGCUGCUGAGUGCUUCUUGCUGUCUGACACGUUCAGGCAACCUCCACAUUACGUGGCUCCCAUUGAAGGUGUUGUACAGUUGGGGCUUUCUCGUCAGUGGCCAGAAGACAUCGAAGCAAUCAGGAGAAUCAAGGCUGCGUUUUAUAUUCAAAUUGCCAAAACGAUGUUAGAGAAGUAUGAUGUCCAAACUCAGGCAUUCUCAGACUACGUACACAUAUUUAAGGAAGGGUUUGUAUUCCGGGUGAGGAUUGUGUACCCACGAGAAGUAUCUCUCCUGAAGGCGACAACCACUCCAGACGGGAAGCUCUGUUACCGGGAUACUCCUGAGUCCCUGGCACUAGAGAGAGAUUACUUACAUCUACCUAAACUGACUGGAGCACUCCACGGGUUGCAGCAGCAGUUCCCAGCGUACAGUGUGACAUGUAGGCUGGCCAAGAGGUGGCUCUGCUGUCAACUGUUAGAUGCCUCUCACGUACCUGAGGUGGUUGUAGAGCUGCUGGUGGCGUCUCUGUUCCUCUCCCCUGAGUUGCAGCAGCAGUUCCCAGCGUACAGUGUGACAUGUAGGCUGGCCAAGAGGUGGCUCUGCUGUCAACUGUUAGAUGCCUCUCAUGUACCUGAGGUGGUUGUAGAGCUGCUGGUGGCGUCUCUGUUCCUCUCCCCUGUGUUGCAGCAGCAGUUCCCAGCGUACAGUGUGACAUGUAGGCUGGCCAAGAGGUGGCUCUGCUGUCAACUGUUAGAUGCCUCUCACGUACCUGAGGUGGUUGUAGAGCUGCUGGUGGCGUCUCUGUUGCAGCAGCAGUUCCCAGCGUACAGUGUGACAUGUAGGCUGGCCAAGAGGUGGCUCUGCUGUCAACUGUUAGAUGCCUCUCACGUACCUGAGGUGGUUGUAGAGCUGCUGGUGGCGUCUCUGUUCCUCUCCCCUGUGUUGCAGCAGCAGUUCCCAGCGUACAGUGUGACAUGUAGGCUGGCCAAGAGGUGGCUCUGCUGUCAACUGUUAGAUGCCUCUCAUGUACCUGAGGUGGUUGUAGAGCUGCUGGUGGCGUCUCUGUUGCAGCAGCAGUUCCCAGCGUACAGUGUGACAUGUAGGCUGGCCAAGAGGUGGCUCUGCUGUCAACUGUUAGAUGCCUCUCAUGUACCUGAGGUGGUUGUAGAGCUGCUGGUGGCGUCUCUGUUCCUCUCCCCUGUGUUGCAGCAGCAGUUCCCAGCGUACAGUGUGACAUGUAGGCUGGCCAAGAGGUGGCUCUGCUGUCAACUGUUAGAUGCCUCUCAUGUACCUGAGGUGGUUGUAGAGCUGCUCGUGGCAUCUCUAUUCCUCUCCCCUGAGCCGUUCCGAACUCUGACACAACCUCAGCCGAUGUUCCUCAGGUUCCUUCACCUCCUGGCCCACACCAACUGGCAUCUGGAGCCUGUCAUUGUUAACUUCAAUGGUGACUUGAAACGUGAGGACCUGGUGGAGAUAGAGUCAGUGUUCCGCAGUGACAGGUCGUCUCUGCCGCCCCUGUUCAUAGCUACUCAGUAUGACCGUGGAGGUUCUGUGUUCACCCGUGACGCCCCCUCACUGCCUGUACUGGCCCGGACAGCAGACCUGGCACGACAGGCUCUCUCUGUCUUGGAGACCCAACUGCUGCAACACACUGCCGAGGAGGAGUACAAGAUGGCAUUCCGCCCUCCCUUAGAGCUGUACGACGCCCUGAUAAGACUAAAGCCACUCCAGUGUCCUCGUAUGGUUCACUCUCUGGACUACAAUGUCAAGGAACCUGUCACUCUGAAGGUGCCUAAGGUCCGCAAGAAGAUUCCUGUUGUUGGUUUUGAUCCACCUCAGUUAUAUCUGCAGGAGUUGCGGGAAAGCUACAGUGACUAUGCUCUUUUCUUCCACGAUACUUAUGGUGGAUCAAUGAUUGGAGUUCUUUUCAAACCUUCUGUCUUUGAAAAACACGAGUUUAAGGUAAGUCAAGUCAACUGCAGAAAGCCUGUAAAAGAAGACAAGAAGCAGCUGCUUGCCCUCAACUUUGAUGCUAUCAUUGAAGAUUUCUACAUAAUAGGCAAAGGACUUGUGAAAUCUAUUGAACUCAGCCAAAAGUAUUCUCGAUAGCCAUAUCUGUUUUGUCUCUAUUUUGUACAUUUUAUAAUUAAAUGUAUUUUAUUAGUUGAUUCACA